UCAACGUCUCUCCUUGAAAGACUUAGCGUGGCAGUGAAAUAGACUGCAAGCUUGUGUCGGCUUCAUCUUUCAGAAUCAUUCCCUGUUCGUCAAACGACAUAGUUUCCCAACUACCCCUCAAAAAACACUGAAAACUCAGAUAUCCGCCAUCUUUAUCGGCUCUUCCCCUGCUAUGGCGGUGACCUCUGCUGACGCAGCGAGGAUCGACCUUCCGAGGUCUUCUAUUGAUAGUUCGCUUUCUAAAUCAUCAUCCGGCGACGUUUCUGAUUCUUUAGCUCUGCCAAACGAUGUGUCUACCACCGACACUCCCGAUCGCAACGAUCCUUCCAAUUCUUCGCCCAAUCCCAGCUACAAAGAUGUUGAAAUUCAGUCACAGUCAGCAUUGAGGAGUGAAGAAUACCGCCAACUGUUUAGGCUUCCUCCUGAAGAGUUCCUUGUUCAGGAUUUCAACUGUGCAUUCCAGGAGAGUAUUCUUCUUCAGGGUCAUAUGUAUCUGUUUGUUCGUUACAUUUGCUUUUAUUCCAAUAUAUUUGGAUUUGAAACAAAGAAAGUAAUUGCCUUCAAUGAAAUUACAAGUGUUAACAGAGCAAAGACUGCCGGAAUCUUUCCUAAUGCAAUAGAAAUUUUUGCUGGAGGAAGGAGGUACUUUUUUGCAUCAUUCCUAUCUCGUGAUGAAGCUUUCAAGCUCAUUAAAGAUGGGCUGGUGCAGUAUGGUAAUGGAGCCCAAGAACUUACUGAACAGCAGGAAUCCAUGUCCGAGUCCAGCGCCCAAGAGAAUGGCUUUGUAGCAGAAUGGAAUGAGGACAUUCCCACAUCUAGUGGCUCUAAGGUUCCAUCCACGUCUGAAACUAAUGCAGAAGUAAGUCCUGAAUCAGUUAUAAAUGAUGGGGUUUCAGCGUCUGGAGAUAAUUCAUGGAAGCCAGAGGAUUGUGACGCACCGAAGGUUGCUGAAUGUUUUACCAAGGUUGCUGAAAUCAAGUUCCCGAUUAAGGUAGAGGAGUUCUUCAAUUUGUUCUUUUCAGAUAAUGCUGUUAAUUUCAUUGAAUCUUUUCAUAGAAGGUGUGCAGAUAAAGAAUUUAAGUGCUCUUCAUGGUGCCCUCAUGAUGAAUUUGGACAUGUCCGUGAUGUGUCAUUUCAACAUCCAAUAAAAUUAUACUUUGGUGCAAAAUUUGGUAGCUGCCAGGAGGUCCAGAAAUUUCGAAUUUACAGAAACAGUCAUUUGGUUUUGGAGACAUCACAAGAGAUCAGUGAUGUACCGUAUGGAGAUUAUUUCCGUGUAGAGGGGCUUUGGGAUGUAGAAAGAGACAGUGAUGACCCACAAGAAGGCUGCGUCUCACGGGUUUAUGUUAAUGUGGCUUUUAGUAAGAGAACUGUUUGGAAAGGGAAAAUAGUGCAGUCUACUCUGGAAGAGUGUCGUGAAGCUUAUGCUACAUGGAUAGACAUGGCACAUGAAUCGUUGAAGCAGAGCACUGAUAAACAAGGAGGGGUAGAUCCUUCAGGAAGCUCAACUGAAAAUGGUGAAGUCCGAGUCGAAAGGCAAGUGUCUACCACGGAACCUUCAGAAAGACCUCAUAAUACAAGUGGUCCAGUAAGGACAUUGCAGAUGUUUGAUUCUCAGGAUGUAAACCAACAAAUUGGGAAUCUUUUGCAAGAAAGUUUGACUAGCGCUUCAUCCAUCCCAUCGUUGUUAAGAGAGUUUGUGAGGAAAUCCUACUCAUACAUGAAACGCCAAGGCCAUAUUUCACUAGUCUUAGCCGUUGCCUUUGCUGUGAUCUUCUUGAUGCAGGUAAGCAUCGUUGUGCUAUUAAACCGACCGCAACACUUACAUGUGAGUUACCCAGUAGAGUACAUGGGUAGCAUGAUGGGCGGUGGUGGUGGUAGAGAAAGCAGAGCAGAGGCAGUGGCUUGGUUGGAGAAGCGGAUGCAUCACCUUAAAGAAGAGAUGACGAUGGUCGAAGCUCGGUUAGAGAGGAUGCAACAUGAGCAUUCUGCUUUAAAAGCACAGUUAAAAGAGACGGAGUAUCCUAAGAAGCAUAAUAGAUAAAAAAA